AUGCCUCUCCUACCUCUGACCAAGGGACAAAAGAAGGCAGCGAAGAGAGCUGCCAAGAAACAAAGUGCAUCAGCUACUAAGGAGGCUCCUUCGAGCAACGUAGAGUAUGCACUAGUCAAUACUAUCGAGCCUGAGCGGCUCGACCUGCCCGCAAUUGCAUUUACACCUACUCAGGAAAGCGCAACAUCGACACGUAAUGUUGCUGUUUCCCACCCUGAGCACUACAGCCUUAUGUCGUAUGAAGAUAUAGUCGCUGCUCCAUCUCUACCAACUGCAUCACAGCAGCUACCACCAUCGAGCACUGAUGUCACUGGGUCUCAGUCCUCAGGCCUUUUGCCUACAUUGUCCGCACUGCCUUUAGAGUCCCUGGGCAGCUUCAACGAUACCUUCACCUUCGCAGCUCCCACUGGCGUUGUUACUUUUGGUAAAAGCUACAAUGUCACCGACGUUUCCAAGCACGAGUACGCAUCUUCCCUCUCCCAGGAUGUCGAGGACAUUGAGGAUGAAGGUCCAACUUCGUUGGCUUUCAGCAAAGCCUUCGUGGAAGACCUACGAAGUCCUACAUUUACGACCGCCGCAGCGUCGACGAGAGCUUUCGAGGAAGCCUUGUCACGAAACUCAGAUGUGACAGAUUCAUCGAUCUUCACGCGGCUCGAGGAUGCCACGAUUGACAACGGUGCAGCCCAUGUGUACAGAUAUAAGCGUCCAUCCACAGCUGCUGAUAACGAGAGAAAGCCGGAAGUAUCUUCAGACUGUGCGAACCAUGAAAGGGCUCUUGUGCCAUACUACAGGCCUAGGCAACUGAGCCUUACUGUGGGCUUCAGAAUGGACCAAGAUCUCGACGAGACCAACACCAAUCUGUCACUCGAAAGCAUACUUCGUAGUCGGAUGUUCUUAGCGAGCGCGGAUGGUAUGAUCCAAUGCAUCGCGUACGACCAGCUUCUACACGACGUAGAAACCAUCAAGGAUGACGGCGGAUCAGACUUCGACUCGGUCGCAUCUCCAAACAAAAGCUACCUUGACGGUCUGGGUGACGCGCAUGAUGAGAGCUCCCAGAGUAUUGACAGUCGCAUUGAAGACGCACAGUCAGACCCCAACAUCCGCGAAAGGCUUCACGAUGUGGAGGACAGUGAGGAACUGGAGAGCCUCGAAGUACCCGGUCGGUGUCUGCAACCUACACCCAAGUAUAGUUUCGAUCGCGAAGAGUUGUCGAGCUCUGCGGACGGUUCGGAUGUUGGUUCGGACGAUGCUGCAUCGGUCAGUACUGAGAAGUGUGAAGUGGUUGGGACGCAUCAGGGACGCCUUGAAUCUACCACACGCUCAGACAGCACAGAAGAGCUUCGCGACGCAGCACUGAACGAGCUCUCCAAUGGAGAGCUUGCGGAGAGAGUGGCGACUAAUCCUCAAGUUUCAGUAGCUUCCAACGGUGGUCCCGAUGUGAGUAUGAUACGUCUCGAUACGGAGCCCUUCUCCUCCUACCUUGAAGUCAUAGAGGCCGAGGAAAGCGGAAAGGCUACUCGGAACGCCGUGGUGACCGCGUUCCUGAAGCUUGUCAACAUCGAGCGACAGAAGCGAGGGGUUCAUAGUCUACCGUCGUUAUACACAGCACAAAGUGUGCUGAGCAGUGGUGUUCUUCCGCACACAAUCAUGCUUGGUACUACGAGUGUUGCAUCCUUUGUUGCGCAGCUGUGCUUCGACGAGAAAGACGAAGUCGAGAUGGGCGACGUGUAUGCGGCUUGGGAUCGAUUGGGCCGCGAGGAAGUGCAACAGCAACCGAUGGCUUCUGGAGGCAUCAUGGGUGCGUUAGGCAGGGCCCUGGGCAGGUUCCGUGGUUCGUAUCUUGAGUAG